AUGGAUCCUUCCUCAUCCAGACUCGUCAGUUUUAACCAAAAAAUAACGGUUAGAAGAGAAAUCGAAUCUGACGAUAAUGAAACUUUUAUUUUGAAAAUGCGAAAUGGAAGGCAUCGUAAAACUACCGUUGCGAUGUCACCAUCAGUAACUGAUCUUUUAACAGCGCAACGAAUGUUGGACAUUGAGGAACCACUGGUCAAGAAUAAAAAGUACCCAUUUUUCAAAACACCUCGGCUUGGAGGAUCUCGCCGUAUUCGUAAUCGUUUGGUACAGAAACAGGGUCUCUGCAACAUCAGUCUGAAAAAUGUGCCGAAGCAAAGACGAAAAUACUUUUCUGAUAUUUUCACAACAGUAAUCGAAAUGAAAUGGCGAUGGUGUCUUCUUUAUUUUUCGUUAUCUUUCAUGAUCAGUUGGUCGUUUUUUGCAACCGUCUACUACCUGAUUGCCAAACAGCAUGGGGACAUUGAGCAGAUCGCCAACGCUACUUGGACACCUUGCAUAGUAAACGUACACAAUGAACUCAACGCCUUCCUUUUUUCUUUCACAACACAAACAACAAUUGGUUAUGGCUUCAGAUACCCAACUGACGCGUGCCCUCUGACCAUUGUCACAAUGUGCUUUCAAUUCAUGUGGGGCGUCAUGACACAGACCCUCAUGGCUGGAAUCAUCUUUUCCAAGUUGGCUCGACCCAUUAAACGAGCUGCCACUCUAAUUUUUUCUAAGAAUGCUGUAAGGAAUUCCCGACGAAGCAUAAUAAGAAUACUUUAUUUACAGGUUAUCUGUUUGAGGGACGGAAAAUUGUGUCUUCUGUUUCGAGUUGGCGACAUGAGAAAGUCCAGUUUGGCAGAGGCACAUGUCCGACUACAGUUUUCUCCUAAUCGCCUGUUUUUUCCACUCUCUUUUUUUAUCGGCUGGUAUUUUUGUUGCAUGAUCAAAAGAUGUGUGACGUAUGAAGGAGAACUGCUGCCUUUUCAUCAAUUCGAUAUGGACGUUGGAUACGAUCAAGGACUAGAUCGAGUAUUUGUCAUUUGGCCAAUCACCAUAUGCCACGAGAUUGAUGAAAGAAGCCCAUUGUGGGAAAUAGGUGCAGAAGAUUUGAAAAGCGCAAAAUUUGAAAUAAUUGCUAUUCUGGAAGGUGUUGUUGAAAGUGUGGGCUCUACGACACAAGCCAGAACUAGUUAUCUUCCUUCGGAAAUCCUCUGGGGACACAGAGUUGCGAGAUUUCAUUUGGAUAAAAACACACAACAAAAUAUUCACAAAAACAAACAUAUAUAUUCAAAAACACAAACAGUAACCAAAAGUUUUUCUCACACAAACGUAAUAGUCUGUAAUUGCAAAUCGGUAAUAUAUAUUAUUUCAGGUUCGAAAAACUGGUGCAUUACAAAAAAGAAAACGGACAAUACAACAUUGAUUUUGGGAAAUUCCAUAAUGUUGCUCUAUCCGUUCUCAGUCACCGAUCAUCAACUCUACAGCUCACCUUCUUCAGCCAAUCUCCUCCGGCCUCUCACUCUUAGAAUUUUUUCUUUUUUUGUCGUGUUUUUUGUCUUCAGACUAUUGUCAAGCAUGUUACAACAGUUGUUUAUAAUUUCCUUUUAA